AUGUUUCCGAGUUUUUUCAAGACCAAGGAGUUCCUGGAAUACGUCUUCUUCAAGUUCAAGCUAUACAAGAGCACGUACAACAGUAGAAGCUGUACCAAAAUAACACACAACGAAAGAAUAAACACAGGGAAAACAUUAGUCAUCUUGCACAAACUAAAAGCACAGGAUAAAACAUUUCUGCCUCCAAUAUACAGAAUAACAAACCACAGCAUAUUCACAAAGAGAGUUGUACCAUAUUCAAAAAUGGUAGGACUGACAUAUGAAUACAAGAAUUACGUGUUUCAUAAAAUGAAGGAGGCGUUAGAAUACUUGAAUGGAAUCCACAUCUCACACACUGACUUAUCAUUGGACUCAUUCUUCAUAGAUGAAGCAGGGAAUCCAGUUAUCUGUGACGUAAUAAACCUAAACACGGUGCAAGAUGAACCAGACGACCUUAAUGAUUUAGCCAGACUAUGCAAGACUGAGUUGAAAACAGACCUGGAUCAGAUCGGAGACUACGAAAUAUUCGUGAAACUGGAGACUUUCUUCAGCAUGUUUGUUCAGAUGAAAUUUGAAGAGAAACAGGCCUACUUGGAAGACAUAAAACAAGAGAAGAAAAAGAUGCCAGCUGUGGUGAAAUUGAAUGUGUUCAAUGCACUGGUAGCAUUUCUAUCAGAAGAUGCGCCAAAAGACGAGAAGAUGCACGUGCUUGACUUUCUGAGGUGUUUUGACUCGACUCUCUUCAAGAAAAACCAAAUUCAGCUAUUUCGCGUAAUUGAUUACAACGUGAGAUUGUACCUGCUUCAGGCGAUUGAAUCGAUAGAGAAGUUGGACGAGUGUGCCAGUGACAUCGCAUUGGGAAUCCGUGUGAAAGAGAAGCCAUUGCGGUUUGAGACACUCAAUUUCAUAUUCAAGUACGACAAGAAGUUCAGCAAGAAGUCAUUUGCCAUAUUCAUCCACACCAUAACAGCCUGUCCGCUUGAUAUAGACACCACACAAUACGUCUGCAAGAGACUCCUUGAAAAUGACACAUUUCACCUGGUUACGUCUCCAAUUGUGAACAAAUCAGCAUCAUAUGAAUUCCUAAGGAAGAAUAAGAAGGAAAACAAGGAUUAUGCCAGAAUACUCUAUAAGGCAUUAUUCAGCUUCCUGCUGGCCAAAAAGUGCAAGAAAGACGUCUACGACUGCUUUCUGAAAUACUACAAGGCAUUUGACAAGACCAAGGUUGCCUCUGAGCUGCUACCCAUUCUCUGCUCCAGAUUGACUGACAAGGAGUACCAGGAAGACUGUUUCAAUCUCGUUGAGCAGAUUGUUGUCUUUCUGAAAGAGAACAGGUUUGAAUUGGAGCAGUCUGACUGGAGCAUAAACAAGAUAAAAGAGCUAACGAAAUCAAAGAGUGAGAAAAGAGAGGAGGCCAUUCAGAACAAAAUUGACGAAAUAAAGGCAAAGAACAAGGGAUCAGAAGAAUGGGAGGAACAAGAGCUGUGA